AUGGAAGGUGUUCAUUUUCUUAUAAACACUCUUGCCAUAUUGGCAUUUGCAACCUUCCUUGUCUCUGCCUCUGACUCUAGCCCUCUUCAGGACUUCUGUGUAGCACUUAAUGACACCAAAUCUGCUGUGUUUGUGAAUGGGAAAUUCUGCAAGGACCCAAAGCUUGCCAAUGUAGAUGAUUUCUUCUUUUCUGGGCUCCAAAUUGCAAGAAGCACACAAAAUCCACUUGGUUCAACAGUGACAGCCGUGAAUGUGGACCAAAUAGCAGGACUGAACACUCUUGGUAUAUCCCUGGCUCGCAUAGACUUUGCACGAAAUGGCCUAAACCCUCCUCAUACUCACCCUCGUGCCACCGAAAUCCUUUUAGUCUUGGAAGGAACACUCUAUGUUGGUUUCGUCACAUCGAAUGCCGAUAAUAAUCGCCUAUUCACUAAAGUGUUGAACAAGGGAGAUGUGUUUGUGUUCCCAAUUGGCCUCAUUCACUUCCAACUCAAUGUGGGAGAAGGUAACGCUGUAGCCCAAGCUGCCCUCAGCAGUCAGAACCCAGGAGUGAUCACCAUUGCAAAUGCAGUUUUUGGUUCCGACCCUCCCAUCAAUCCUGAGGUUCUAGCCCAGGCCUUCCAAGUGGACAACAAGGCGGUUGAGUAUCUCCAGAAACAAUUCUGGUACGACAACAAUAAUUAG